UAGUACUUAUAGAAUGCUCGAUCUGCACACAUCGUCUUUCAACGAUGCAUCACAGUAACGACUUAUUUUAAACGUGCUUGUGCAAUGAAAUAAAGUUCCGUGAUAUGAGAAUCUUUCUCUUCAACGGGUUUCUUUUACUGGGCUUCGCCGUAGCCCCAGUACCGGAUAUUUUCAUGGAUUCAUUGGAAUCCGCGGAAAUAAUGAACCAGUGCCACUACAUCAAAGCUAAUUCGUUAUUGGAGGCGCGAUGCCAAUUGCACUCGCAAAAAUCUUGUUAGAUUUGAAUCCGGACAUACAGGUGCUCAAUAUUACCGGGAACAUGUUGGAUCACUUGACUAACAAAAGUCUACAUCCUUACAAGAAGCUCGUCGCCAUUUCUCUACGUUACUCUGUGCUUAAUGAAAUUGACGAGGCAUUCUUUGCCAAUCAGCCUUACCUGGAAGUGCUGGAUCUCACGUCCGACAUUAUCAACUAUCUGCCCAAAAGUCUCUUCCAGUUGCCGUAUCUUCACACGCUCUAUCUCGGCCACAACAUGAUCUCCGAUUUUGUGUUCAACGUCACCUCGCCUCUCAGACUGCUCCAGCUAAACAAUAACUUACUAAACGUGAUCCCGAACAUAGGCGUCCAGCCGACCCUCUUUUAUCUCGACGUGUCCUACAACUACAUCACCUCGAUCAGCACCGAAGAUCUGGCGCCCUUUUGCUCGCUGAAAAAGCUCUAUCUGACCGGAAAUAGAAUCAGAUUCAACGCGAGCAGCUGUGAUUGUCAGGCGUUCAACGCCUGGGUGAAGCUACGACAAAUCAAGACGAAGCCCAAUUUUUACAACUGCACCGAUCCACCAGCAGCUCUGAACAAGGACUGCGCCAAAGUGAGAUUCAGCAAUCGGACUCACAAGUUGUUCAACGAGUGCUUGGCAAUGAGACAGCAGAAGAUGGAAACCGAGAAGCCUCGAUCGGUCUGGAUAACCGUCUCGGUGUUCCUUUUCAUGAUUUUCGUGGCGUUGUUCAUCGUGCACAAGUCGUGGACAUCACCAAACUGUUCCAACAGCAACCGGACGAUUAUUAGUGAAAUAAUUGUUUAUAGAACGUAGAAUUCUGUUAAAAGGGCUGUUUCUGGCGUCGACAUAUGCGAGAGUAGAAUUUUGCGCAAGAAUAGAAUUUUCCGAGUAGGGUUGCAAACUCUAAAAUUAUUUACGACACAAUAAAAU